UCCCACCUGUCUCCCCCAUACCUUACAACGUCAACACCUACGAAAAACAUUUUCAUGCAAACCUCCAUGAAAACCCUUCCAAAACAGCAUCAUUCCUUCGGCCAAUUUCACCACUAUAUCUGACGUGGCAUCUCACCACCACAUUAUAAAUCCCACCACCUCCCCUAUCCACCAAAACACACACACACAAUAUUAUUUCUCUUGUACUAUCUCUAGUGUGAAUAACAUAACAUGGGUGUCGAUUCUGGGAUCUCGGUCUCUUACCCGCUCGGAACCACUCCGGCGUGUGAGAGAGAUGCCAAGGCUCUUGAGUUUAUUGAAGAAAUGACAAAGUAUUGUGACAAUGUUCAAAGGAAUGUUUUGUCUGAGAUUCUUGCUCAGAACGCGGGUACGGAGUACCUCCAACAAUGGAAGCUUGACGGGGCGACUGACCGUGAAACUUUUAAAGAAAAAGUUCCGGUUGUUAAGUAUGAAGAUCUCCUGCCGUACAUUCAACGGAUUGCUAAUGGCGAUCGCUCUCCCAUCUUGUCUUCUCAUCCCAUUUCUGAGUUCCUCACAAGUUCAGGGACUUCCGCUGGUGAAAGAAAACUCAUGCCAACUAUUGCAGCUGAAAUGGAUAGGAGACAGAAGCUCUACAGCCUUCUCAUGCCUGUCAUGAAUUUGUAUGUUCCUGGUCUAGAUAAAGGCAAGGGUUUAUACUUUUUAUUCAUCAAAGCUGAGACGAAAACCCCAAGCGGGUUGGUGGCCCGGCCCGUUUUAACAAGCUACUACAAAAGCGACCAGUUCAAAACCCGACCCUUCGACCCGUACAACGUCUACACGAGCCCAAACGAGACCAUUCUAUGCGUCGACGCUUUCCAAAGCAUGUACUCUCAAAUGCUCUGCGGCCUCAUCUACCGCGAACAAGUCCUCCGAUGUGGAGCCGUUUUCGCUUCGGGCCUUGUUCGGGCCAUCAAGUUUCUCCAACUGAAUUGGGAACAACUGGCUCAAGAUAUCGAAACCGGAUACUUGAGCCCGAAAAUCACCGACCAGACGGUCCGGGAUUGUGUUUCAAAGAUUCUUAAACCGGGCCAGGAACUGGCCCGGUUUAUUAGAAAAGAAUGUUGUGAGGGGAAUUGGGAGGGGAUUAUUACCCGGAUUUGGCCUAAUACCAAAUACCUUGAUGUUAUUGUUACUGGGGCCAUGGCCCAGUAUAUUCCAAUUCUUGAUUAUUAUAGUGGUAAUUUACCUAAAACUUGUACUAUGUAUGCUUCUUCAGAAUGUUACUUUGGGCUCAAUUUAACCCCAAUGGUGAACCCAUCUGAGGUUUGUUACACCAUCAUGCCCAACAUGGGUUACUUCGAGUUCAUCCCGCAUGAUCGGUCCGGGAACGAUUCGGUUACCGAACUUCUUGAUCUAGCGGAUUUGGAGGUUGGAAAAGAGUACGAGCUCGUGAUCACGACCUACUCGGGGCUAUGUCGGUAUCGUGUCGGUGACAUUCUCCAAGUGAAGAGCUUCCACAACUCCGCCCCGCAGUUCAAGUUCAUAAGACGGAAGAACGUGUUACUAAGCAUCGACGCGGACAAAACCGACGAAACCGAGUUGCAAACGGCAGUCGAAAACGCUUCCGAGCUUCUAAAGGAGUUUAACACGAAGGUCGUCGAGUACACUAGCUACGGCGACACAAAGACCAUUCCGGGCCAUUACGUUAUCUAUUGGGAGUUGUUGGUCGAAGAUCCGGUGAACGGGCCGAGUGAUGAUGUGUUGGAUCAAUGUUGUUUGGCUAUGGAGGAGUCUUUAAACUCGGUCUAUCGACAAAGUCGGGUGGCGGAUAACUCAAUCGGCCCGUUGGAAAUUCGUGUCGUGAAGAGCGGAACUUUUGAAGAGUUAAUGGACUACGCGAUCACGAGAGGCGCAUCCAUUAACCAAUAUAAAGUUCCACGGUGCGUGAGCUUCACGCCUAUCAUGGAGCUCCUCGAUUCCAGAGUCGUAUCGGUGCAUUUUAGUCCAGCACCACCGCACUGGACUUCUGAACGAAGUUUUUAAAAACUAAGAGCAUCCACAACGCUCGCAAAGUAAUACUUUCAAAACAACAAAUAUGGUCUAGCCUCUAUGGACUUUGGGCUAAUUAAGAAAAGGCAGAUGAUGUUGUCAUGUGUUUUCUCUAGAAGAUGCAGGGGUUUUACUGUAAAGUAUACUAUUGUUUAAGGGUCUUUGUUGGUAUGUAUGUAAAUUUGUGAGGUUUAUUGUAAAUUAAUAUAAUAUCAUAGGGUUGGUUGCUGUA